AUGAAAGCUAUUAUUUUUAUUUUUUUACUUUUCGUCAUAGGAAAAUGUCAAGAAAACUCUAAGCCAUCUUUAACGCAACAGUAACAACUCUAAUAAGAAAAUUAGUAUGCUUAAACCAAGCAGAAGUUUUUAAGCAUUGAAAAAUAAAAGAUUUCAGAUGAAAAUAGUCAAAAUAAUUUGCAAUAAUUUAAAAAUAAUGAAUAGCAAAUAAUUAAAACUACAAAGUUAGUUGAAGAGUCAAGCUCAGAUAAAGAAAAAGAAUAAAGCACAAGUUAAAAAAUAGAAAAGGAAAUAGAAUUUUCAUUACUUUUUAUUGCUGGAUUGCUUUCAGCAGCAUUAGGCAUUAGCUUUGAGUGGAAGAAUGAAGUAUAUUACACUAGGUAUUUAAAACUCUUAGAUAUGAUUAAAAACAGAUGCAAAACUUAAGAUUUUGCAGAGGGAGAUUUAAUCUUCCUGAGUGGAAAGAUAAAUUAUAACUAUAAUCUAUCUGAUCCAUUAUUUAAUUUGAAUAUAGAAAAAGCUGUUAAAAUAAAACGAAGCAUAUAUAUGGUUCAAUAUGAUGAAAAAAAUAAGACAGAAGAUGAAUACGAUGAAAAUGGCAACUUAAAAAUAAGAACUAUAGCUAAAUCCCCUCGAGCUAAUAAAAAUAAUUAUGUUAAGAAGUGGAUAAGCUACAGAGUUCCAAUUCUAAACUUUAAAGAUUAAGACAAGAUUUAAAAAUCUCAAAAAUACUGUAAAUUUAUUGCUGAGAGUGAUACAUUCUUAAUAAAUAAAAUUUCCCUCUCUUUGCCUAACAAUUCACCAAAUUUAGCUCCUAUAAACUAACCAGGAACUCCAAAAGUUGGCAGUUCCAUCCUUAAUUUUAGCAACGCUACCAAUAAUUAGAAUGAAGGCAUGAAUAAAUCUUAAAAAUUUCGCUCAAGCUUGAAAAGUCUACUUCCAAACUCAAAUACUGGUGUUUAGUAAGGUAGUAUGACUGCUCCUAAUGCAACAUCUCAGUAAAAACUAUUUCGCCAAAACUCAAACUAAAGCAAUUCACAUAAUACUGGUAAAAUCAUGAUAACAGAUCUUUCUUGCUUUGAUGACUUUGCAGUAUAACCUUUCAACUAUAAUCUACUAACAAAUAAUGAAAAGGAGUUAAUAACUAACAAAAUUGAAGACUUACAUCGCUUAAAAGCAGCUUUUGAAGAUCAAAUAUUUGACACCUAUGUGAUGUUCAAGGAUGACGAAGUAAUAAUUAGCAGAAAAUAAGAUUUCAAAAUGCAUUUAGGUGAUAAUAAAAUGCAGCAUGAUUUUGUUUAUGCAGACGAAAUCAGUAUCAUAGGUAAGCUAGGAAGCAAUAACACACUUAUUCCCUAUUAUACUAUAGAAGAAAACAAUGAAGAUAUAGAAUUAGAUGAUAUGGAUGAUGAAAAUAACUCUCCAUUACUCAGAAAAAGACAUAAAAAAAUACCUUUAUUAGACCUAAAAUCAAAUCUUCUUUCUACGAACAACCAUCAAAGUUAAGAGAGUGGUUUUAUGUAAAGCAGCAAUGAAAGAAUAAGGUAUAACAAUAAUGAAUCUACAUGCACAUACUACUUUUGUUAUAUUCCACGCUUAAUGAAAACAAUAUUUGCAUUUGAUGACAAAGUUUACUGGGCAGUUGAUCGAGUAGUAAAAUUAGAUUAAUUUUUGCAAAUCAAAAAGGAGCAGUUUUCCAAAUUAGUCAAAAUUUGCAGGUAUAUCUCUUUACUAUUUAUGUUCUUAGGAGUCUAUCUUAGUAUUCUACCAAUUUUAAAUGCAUUUGGAAUUAUAAAUGCUGAGAAUCUAGAAAAGAAAUCCUCAUUUAUUACUUAAAUUCUUGUUGUUUUAAUGUUAACUAUUUCAGUCUUUCUAUCAACAGCUUUUCCUAUAUAUGCUGCUUAUAGGAUACAUUAAGGUAUAAUUCUUUUAGUUCUUUCUCUCGGACUACUUUACUUAUCUCGUGUAAUUUCCAACUGA